AUGAACGGCGUUGAGAAGCCAGUUCUCGACGAGGACGCCUUUGGCGCAAAGGCUGGAAGCAUCGUCAGCGCUUUUGACGCAUUCCCCAAGUCGAAACCUCAAUAUAUCCAACGAACCUCGGGCGGCGGAAAAUGGACAGUCGCCGUGUCCAUCAUCUCCUUGAUCCUCAUCUGGGGUGAGGUCGCCAGGUGGUGGCGCGGCGCCGAGUCUCACAACUUUGAGGUCGAGGCGGGUGUUGGUCGUGAGCUGCAGAUCAACCUCGACAUUGUGGUGCGAAUGCAGUGCGAUGAUAUUCACGUAAACGUGCAGGACGCAUCGGGCGAUCGAAUCAUGGCUGCGAAGCGUCUCCAUCGCGACAAGACCCUCUGGUCGCAGUGGGUUGACAGCAAGGGCAUGCACAAGCUUGGACGGGACAGCCAGGGCAGGGUCGUUACUCAAUCUGGCUGGAACGACUUGGGUUACGAGGAGGAGGGUUUCGGUGAGGAGCACGUUCACGACAUUGUUGCGCUCGGCAGGAAGAAGGCCAAGUGGGCAAAGACGCCCAAGGUCAAGGGUCGUGCUGACAGUUGUCGUGUCUAUGGAAGCUUGCACUUGAACAAGGUGCAGGGUGAUUUCCAUAUCACGGCUCGAGGUCAUGGAUAUAUGGGCAAUGGCGAGCAUCUCGACCACAAGAACUUCAACUUUUCGCACAUCAUCUCGGAGUUGUCCUACGGCCCCUUCUAUCCCUCGCUCGUCAACCCCCUCGAUGGCACUGUCAACACCGCCUCGGACAACUUCCACAAGUUCCAGUACUACCUCUCCAUUGUGCCUACUGUGUACAGCGUGGGAUCCAGGUCCAUUCUCACCAACCAAUACGCUGUGACCGAGCAGAGCAAGGCUGUCAACGAGCACUACAUUCCUGGAAUCUUCUUCAAGUACGACAUUGAGCCUAUCCUGCUGACGGUUCACGAGAGCCGUGAUGGUAUCCUGACCUUCCUGGUCAAGAUUAUCAACAUUGUGAGCGGCGUGCUUGUCGCCGGACACUGGGGCUUCACCAUCAGCGACUGGGUGAAGGAUGUUAUCGGCCGAAGAAGGCGCAGCAGUGGUGGCGUUGGUGUCUUGGGGAACAAGGAGGGCUUUGAUGAGUAG